UCGGAAUUGCCUUGAGGGUAUUUUAAAGCUAUAUUUUUGUCCUUUUCUUUACCACGGUGACCCUGUUACUCUGUGUUUCUAGCACUGAUGCCCAAGUUUGCAUCCCCAUUGGAGCAGCCCUGAGCACAGCCAUAUGUUUAUCAUGUGAUGAACGCUGUAUAUUUGUUGCAGUCAAACCUUGUACAAUAUCCCUUUUGAUUCUUCCUACAGGUACAACAUCUUUUCAGCAUACACCAGAUGCAUCACAGACAAAUUCUACCAAUCUGGCCCUUCACCGUUCCUCCAUACAGCAAGACAUGUUGUCCAUGUUCAUGGAGGACACCAUCAUAGGUACGAAGUUAAAGGUUACCUUCAUUGGUGAGAGGGGAACAGGUGGUCAAGGAGAUGCACAGAAAGACGCAUACUGUGCAUUUUGGAACGAGUUCUUCUCCACGUCAGCAUGUGGUGAAUACGAGAAGGUGCCGUUGCUUUCCCCCAGAUAUGGUCGAGAGGAGUGGAAGGCAGUGGGCAGGAUCCUUUUGAAAGGCUACAUCGACUGUGGUGUCUACCCAUUGCAGUUAUCACUGGCCUUUUCUUCGGCUUUCAUCCUCGGAGAAACCAGUGUUUCAUCAGAUAUGCUACUGCAGUCAUUUAGCAUGUAUCUCCCAGAGGCUGAUCGCAAGAUUGUUGACAAGGCUUUAUCUGGGGAAGACCUUGAUGAAGAUGAACAAGAUGACUUGCUGGAUUUGCUUACCCGUAUGGAUUGCAAAGGAAUGCCCACAAAAGAAGACAUGUGCAACACAGUUCUGCAAAUUGCACACAAGAAACUAAUUCAGGAACCAAAAUAUGCAAUGGAUGCAAUGGCCGAAACUGCAUGUGGAUGGUUGCAGAUACUCCUUCCUGAUGUGGAAAAACUACGACUGAUGUACGAAAGCAAAACACAAACUGCAUGUAAGAAAUGCCUUGGAUAUCUCAAGCAGUUUAUCAAAGGCCUGGAUAAUGCCAUGCUCCAGAAAUUUAUGAGGUACUUCACCGGGUCAGAUCUGAUUUGCAUGUGCCACAUUGAUAUCUCCUUCAACCGUAUGGUUGGUUUGGCCAAGGCACCACAGGCCCACACCUGUGGACCUCUGAUAGAGCUUCCUUGCACAUACCGCUCUUACCCUGAGCUUCGCCAAGACUUUAUGGCCAUCUUAGAAUCCCAUCGCUUGAACAUGGAUAUUGUUUAGAUCAGAGAUAAUGAAAAUUACGGUAUAUGUACUAGUAUGUACACUCACGUCUGAUAUAUAACUUUUGUUUUGAACAUUUAGGGCACUUGUAUAACUGCAGAUCAUGGAAGCCAAUCAUAGUUUCUGUAAAUAAGCACUGUGCUUUACAUAAAAACAUUCAUAGGAAAAGUGAGUGAGCGACAUCAUGCCACAAACUCUGAUUGGAUAGUAUUUAUAUAGCUCAUGAUUAUAUGUAAUUGACCUGCUUGGUCUCUGCAUGUUUGAGCACUUAAAGCAGAAGCUAGAAGUUUGGUUUUGGACCUUUUUUCAAGAGCUGAUUUCAUGACAAUUUUUGUUUGAAACCAUGUUGAACCACACCUCUGUAGACAGAUUAAACCUUCAGUUUACAGGUACGAAAAAGGAACCUUGUAUCUUGGAUUGAAUAUUCUUUAUGGUCUUAUUUUGGCCAUUUUGGUUGAACUUUCUUGGUAAUACAUUUUUGAUGUUAUGUGUAGUAGAUACGCUAUAAUUUUGUUUUUAUGUCCGUACAUUUAACAGAUUUGCUGCCUU